AAAUUUAGAAGGAUGAAACUUUUUCCAGAAGACUCCUUUGAAGGUCACGCUGGAAGUUUGCCUGACACAUAUAGAGGGAGAGAUGAAGAAAUGUCAAAGAUCCUCAGAGAUUCAGACGAGGAAUUGGUGGAAGAUGAGCCAAUCAGCAAAGAAGAAAAGGAGUCAUCUGAAAAACAAACUCCGCGGCCAAGCCGCUUUCAACCUCCAAAACAGCCAAAGGAGAAAAAGGAAGUCAUUCAUAAGAAACCAAUUCGUAGAAACAAGACAAAGGUUCCUCGCGUUCGGACACUAAAUGUGACCCCGGGAGUCAAAGAAGUAAAAGUAACAUGGGAAAUAUUUCCCAAAGAGGAAUUUAGUGACAUUCAAUUCAUUGUUCAGUGGAGAAAGAAAGGUGAACAGAAAGGUUGGCGGAGAGGUGAAAGUACGAAACUCAUCUACAUCAUCAAAAACCUGGCUCCGGAAACAGAGUAUGAAGUCAAGGUUGCCGCCUUGUGGGAGAGAAUUAUAUCUCCAUCAGAGCAAACAAAUGUGACAACUGAACCAUUGCCACCUACACCAGAGAACGACAAAGAAGAAUUACACUCAGCUGUUGAUUCACCAAGCGACACUCCUGUCGAGUACGCUCAAAGAAAACUUUGUGCAAUUAUCGUUAAUGACCGUAAAGGUGGGAUGCAUACUGAGCUAAAUAUCAGAUCACGAGAAAUUUUUGACUUCUUUGACAAAGUCUUGCGUUUCAAAACUGUUGUCAAAUUGGAAAAUCAAACAAGAGAGAAGGUGCGAGACUGGUUUAAAGCAUUGGAUAGAAGUAAAAUGUUUGACGGAUUCGAAAUGUUCGUGUGUGUCCUCAUAGGUUUUGGUGAUUACAAUGGAUUUUAUGGAUGUGAUGGUGAAAUGGUUACCUUUCAUGAAAUUUACAAGCAAACCAGGGAGAAGUUUGGCAAAAAGCCAAAAAUUAUUCUUGUGGACAUCAUAAAUAUCCCCUCCUCAAAAGUGCCAUCGAUGAAAAGUGCCGACGUACGAAUAAUGGAAAACUCCUCCAGGGAAGUUGUUCUUGAGUGGACACCGCCGCGCUACCAGGAGAGUGAUAUCCAGUUUCACAUAGAAUGUUUCAAAGGCUCAAAUAAAGUAAUGGAAGUAUACCAACCAAACACUCGUAUAGAAUUUGAAAAUCUAGAACCAAACACGCAUUAUAGAUUCCAUGUAACGCCGAUUCUUAGAAAGGAAGGGAAGCCAUACGGAAGUUCAGUAUAUGCAAAAAUUAAAACCAAGGCAAGAAUAAAAGAUACGGAUAGUUUAGAAGUUCGAAAUUUGUGUGCACAGAGACUCUCAGAAAAAGAGAUACUGAUGUUCUGGCAUCCCCCUGGAAUCAAGAAAACUAGUCAUUUGUCUUACGUAAUUUCCUGGGUAGAUCAGACUAAUCUUACCAAACGUUCAGAAAUGGAAACAAAGAAAAAUUCGUGUAUUCUAAAUGGUCUGCAGUCCAAUUCAGAGCAGCUGGUUAAAGUGGCUGUUAAAGCAUAUGACAAGACCUUUUUCCCUCUUAGUUGCCAUGUUCCACAAUUUGAAGAUGUUUUGAGACCUACUCAAGUGACGGCAAUAGCAGAAUCACAUUCGGUGUUUUGGGUGGAUUGGCAAUUUCCAAUAGAUAAACAAGAACUUAUUGAAAAGUUCAUCGUUCAUUGUUCAGAAUGCUUGUCUUUCAGAAAUAACCGUACAAGGUCUUUUGAAGUUAUAAAAGACCUACGGAGUUUACCGGUAAACUAUAUACCGGAACUUUUUUAUCAUUACGUAAAAGUGUCACCAAUAGCCAAGGAGGUUUCCUCCAGUGAAAAAGUCCAUGAGUCGCUUAUUGCUCGAAUUGAAACCGAUAAAGCACUGAGGCUAUUUGUCUCUUCAAAAACCAGCAACUCGUGUGAGCUUAUAUGGUGGGUGGAUAUACAGGACAGAGAAAUGGUUUCCACCUACACGGCACAUUGUUCACCCUCAGAUCCGAAGAAGAAAAAGUUUAAGCCAGUCCCCCUCAAGCUUGGGCCUGAAUGUCGCCAAACUCAUGAAAUAGUAAACCUGGAGAGCGACACGACUUACUUUGUAUCGAUCUACCAUCAGAGGAAGAUGUACACACAACAGAUUAAAGUGAAGACUCUUCCCAAAGGCAAUCCAGAAAAUCUUGAAAUCACAUUUGUGUCCUCAUUCGAGGUGAUCUUAACUUGGUCGCAAAACUUUAAAUCCGGAGAAACGGAGAACACAUACGUUGUAGAAUAUAAAUGUGACCCCACUAUAAUGAAGAAGACUAUACGGUUGACGACGUCCGAAUGUUCUAUACAUCUUACGGACCUUCUUCCGGAUGUUGAGUACGAGGUCUCCGUCAAAAACAAAGAAAAAGGAGACCCGUCUGUUAAAACGUUCAGGACACCAAAAUUUGGGCCGAAUAAUUUACAGCACCAGGUGACGUCAUCAGAGAUAACAGUGACCUGGGAAAGUGCUGUUCUACCCGAAAAUUCUACAGAGUUGCUACAGUACCUAAUUUUCCUAGAAAGGGAAGAUGGAAAUAGAGAAAAGGGGAUGAUCAUAAAAGACACCGCCUUACAAUUUCAUUGCAUAUUUAGUAAUCUAUGGUCAUCGACGUCGUAUGCUAUCAAGUGUUUUACACUUAUUGAUGGGAAACGGAAAUACGCUCCAAUAGUGAUCAAAACAAAAACCAAAAGCGACAAUCUGCGAACUCUAUUGGAACCAAGGGGUGACAAUUUCAUUAUUUCCUUUGCUACCCGUGAAUUGAGAACUGAUGCAUUACUGCAAACUGGUGUAUAUUGUGCAGAUUUGUUCUUAACAUUUCAAGAGGAAUUUUACAGUAAAUCUGUGGAUGAGAUGCUAGAUCUCAUUGAUCUGAGUAAUGAGGAUCUGAAAGCAUACACAGUGACCAACAUCAAAUACCCUAUAGACAAGGUGAUGCUGGACACACCAAAGCCAGACGUCGAAGAAGACGUUGAAUGAACUGAAUUAUUUCCAACACCUUUGUGGGUGGAAAGCAGUUCUUUUUAUGCUGGCUAAUUGUUAUAAUUAAACAUAUGUCCUAUAUCACAACAUCGACAGAGACUGUUACCUGAAAGAGAAUACAUAUAUUGAUAUGAAAACAAGUUAGCUUAUUAGUUGCCUUUCAUGUAUUUUUGUAUAUCCUGAUAUAAAUGGAUAGAUGUUAAUAUACGUAACUGAUUGAUAUAACAAAGAAAUACUCCUACAUCAGCGACUUCAGAUGUUUGUAAGCAGCAUUGGAGAGAGUACUUUGUUGUUUUGUCCUAAAGGUUGUAAACUAAGAUUCAUUAACUCUGCACUAAAGGCCAACUCUUCGUUAAUUGAAUAUUGGGAUUUAUAAUUAAUUUUUCUCUUAAUCA